GAUUCAGAGAACAGUGACUCACCGCUUCCCGAAAACAGGAACUGAGCUCGAGCCCACCACUGGAACAAUCCUCAACAUAAAGCUUCGAACAAAGUCCGAAUAAUCUCAUUUACAGAUGGAAAAAGUUUAUAUUGGAGAAGAGUCGACUAUCCAGGACACAAAGAACUAAACUUUACUUUUACUGGUGUGAUGGAGAUCAUGUGAUGAUGGAUUCAGAUCAGACCUCGCCGGUGUCUGUUGUACCUGAGCUCUACAUCAGACUGUCUGCUCUGUCCGUUGUGUUCUGUGUCAGUGUUGUGUGUGGUUUCGGUCCGCUGUGGAUCAUGAGACGCCGUGUGUUCUUCACCUCAGAUUCAGGAUCUCGAGGUCUGAUGUCCAGCUUUGCCUGUGGGGUUUUUCUAGCGACUGCACUGUUGGAGCGCCUCCCAGUUUACCUGGACAACACGAAACAGACAUUCGGUCGUCUGGGGGUCACGCUUCGUUUCCCCUUACCCGAGUUCAUUCUGGUCAUGGGCUUCCUGGUCGUCUUGGUAGCGGAACAAAUCCUGCUGGCUUUCAGAGACCAGUCCCGCGAUCUGUCGUGCGAGAAGGAAGCUCUGCUCGAUUCCGGUCUCCAGCGAGACGCUCAUUCCUACCAACAGUCACCCUUCAUGCGGAGACGAGCGUCAGGGACGGACGGAUCCUGUUGUCCAGAGGACGUGAGGUCGCACGCCGCUCUGCGGGUGUUUUUUCUUCUGUUCAGUCUGUGUCCAUACGCCGUCUUCGAGGGUCUGACCGCAGGAGCGCAGCUGGGACGAGAGCGGCUCCUGGACAUCUGUUUGGCAUCGGUUCUUCGCGAGGGAACCAUCGCUGUCAGUCUGGCGUUUCGACUGAUUCAUUCUGAUCUCCGCCGGACAGCGGUGGCCGCCGCUCUGCUUCUCUUCUCUGUCAUGAGUCCAGUCGGGAUGGGACUCGCCGGCGUCCUGGCUGAGAUGAAGCCCAGUCCUCAGGUCCAGCUGGUUUAUUCUGCGGUAGAGGGUCUGACAUUAGGGAUCUUCAUCAAUGUCACCGUCGUGGCAUUGAUGUGGCACGGACCGGCCUCUCCAAAGCAUCGCAUCCAUAAAGUAGCUUUUCUCCUAACUGGUUUUGCAGUCUUUACUGGUGUUUUAUUCAUUCAAACAUAAACUUCUGUCGAGGAGUUCAGUGUUUCAGUAGCAGACAGACUAGUGUAGUCAUUCCGUGUCAAGCACCCUGGGUUGUGCCUUACAAUCGAUCUCUGAACGCAUCUUUAUAAUCAUACUGUUAAGGUCUUCACUCUUUAUUCAAGCGUAUUCUUUACGAUGUAUUAUAGAACUUGUAUGCAAGUUGAGUUUGGAGUGUAAACUGAAGUUCAGCAUUGAGAAGAGUCAAGAGGAUUUGAAGGUGAUUAAAUGUGAAUAUUGGUCAAAUAUGUUCCCUUGACAUGACUUUUGGCCACUGCUGUGUCAGACACACGUCAAUAGAGUUGAAUUGAGCAGUGCAGUUUAGCACUGCUCAAGUUAAAUUAGUUGAAUUUAGCUCAUUAUCUAAACUCUUAUUACACGGCUGGUUGGAAUGCUUGAUUCUGAUUGGCCAGUCGCGACAUUUGCAGGUUCGUUAUUCCCAGAUAACAACCGCUCAAAACGAAUAACACACGGUAACCCGGAUGCAGCAAAUGAUUUUGACAGGUUUUGACAAAUUAAAUAUAAAUAUGUCUUUUAAUAACAUAUUUACAAACGAUUAAACCAAAUUGCCUGUUCGUGACAUCUGAAUGUCGUUUCUUACCUUAAAACCGAAAGUAAACGGCUUUUCCUCACAGAAGGUCUGCAUUCGGUAAAAAUGAGCUAAUCAAAUAUUUCACAUUUCAUGUCCAGUUUUCUUCUCAUGUGGCAAGUAGCCGUGUAAUAAGCGGGAUAAUGUACAAGCAGUCAGCUGUUAUCAUGAAAUAAACCCUUCAGUGUGACACAAGAGCCUUAUUUCUGCCAUAACAACUGGCUGCCUGGACAUUAGCCCUUUACUACUUUCAUCGUUUCGUUUCAGCGUUUAAAAUAAUUUCAACUGUCUGUUCAGUAUUAUAUUAUUUAGUUCAUAAUUGACAGAGUAAUACAGUAUAGUAAGAGUGAUUUCCCAAAGCUAACAAAAGCUACAAUAAAAGUUGAAUUGUGUUUCUGUUCAGUUUGUUUAUAGAUACAGAACACAGUGUGCGUCUCUGCCUGUCCAUUUUGUCAUGUCAAUAAAAUGUGUGUGCGCGUGUGUGUGUGUGUGUAUUAGUGUUUAAGCCAUUUUGAAUGCAGAUGUGUUUAUGUGUUACAGUUUACAUA